AUGUACAGUAACCCACUGUAUGCAAGGAGAAAGGAGCGAAGCAAGAAGAAAGGAGGUAGAGAAAGCAGGAAAAGAAAGUUAGAGGAGGUGGAUGUGGAGGAAGAGGAUGAGAAAGAGGAGGAGGGAGAAGGGGAGAGAGGAGGGGAGAGGUGGUGGGAGAGUGAAAACUCAAUUCCUCAGAAAAACCGCUCAACUGCCUCCUUCUUCAUCACACCAAGUGAACCACUGAGCUCGUUUCUCCUGUCGGACAGCGAAACGUACGACUCUGGCAAUGCUAGUGCCGUAUCCACCGACAUCGCAUCGCUUCAACACUCGGCAAACCACGACGCGGCAACAAGCAGAGUUCUGGCUGAUGCACAAAGACAGCAGCAGCUACGGGCAACUGACGAAGGCGGACUUGUUGAAAGUAGCAGUUUUGAAUUGCGAACAGUGUUGCACACAAACCGAUAG